AGCAGAGGAUCCUCGGAGCGCAAUAAAACGCCGGCUCGGCCGAGCGCGCAGCAAACACAUCCAUAGAAGGCCUGCGGGGAGUCGCUCGCUCGCCGCCCCUUCCCCGCUUUCUUCGCCGCCACCGAGCAGCUGCCCGCGCCGUGCCCUCGCCGCCCCGAGACCCAGAGAGGGGAAAGUUCGCGCCGGUGCGCGGGGCAGGUGAGGAGGGGCGUGCCGGCCCCCGCCGACCCCCGGCCCACCAUGGGCGCCGCGGCCCGCAGCCUGCGGCUGGCGCUCGGCCUGCUGCUCCUGGGGACCCUGCCGCGCGCUGCCGACGCCUGCAGCUGCUCCCCGGUGCACCCGCAACAGGCGUUUUGCAAUGCGGACGUAGUGAUCAGGGCCAAAGCGGUCAGUGAGAAGGAGGUGGACUCCGGGAACGACAUCUAUGGCAAUCCCAUCAAGAGGAUUCAGUAUGAGAUCAAGCAGAUAAAGAUGUUCAAAGGACCUGAGAAAGACAUAGAGUUUAUCUACACGGCCCCCUCCUCGGCAGUGUGCGGGGUCUCACUGGAUGUUGGAGGGAAGAAGGAGUAUCUCAUUGCAGGAAAGGCCGAGGGGGAUGGCAAGAUGCACAUCACCCUCUGUGACUUCAUCGUGCCAUGGGACACCCUGAGCACCACCCAGAAGAAGAGCCUGAACCACAGGUACCAGAUGGGCUGUGAGUGCAAGAUCACACGCUGCCCCAUGAUCCCAUGCUACAUCUCCUCUCCGGAUGAGUGCCUCUGGAUGGACUGGGUCACAGAGAAAAGCAUCAAUGGCCACCAGGCCAAGUUCUUCGCCUGUAUCAAGAGGAGUGAUGGCUCCUGCGCAUGGUACCGUGGGGCGGCGCCCCCCAAGCAGGAGUUUCUGGACAUUGAGGACCCGUAAGGGGCCACCAGCACCCCUGUGGCCAAUUGAGAAGCCUCCAAGAGUUUAGACUGGUCCAGCCCUGACGUCCCUUCCUGGAAGCAGCAUGAAUAAAACUGUCAUCCACAUGGGUCACAUCAGUGUGAUUCUGCCCCUCCCCAUUGUCCUUCUAAGCAUGGUUGUGGGCUGAAGGGAAUGGUGGGCUCAGAUCCUCCUGUAUCACUCCCUCCGCCAGCCUGCGUACCGUGUGUCUGUCUUCAGUCCUGGUGUGGGCCAGGGUGGGACACAGACUUCCCACUCAGGCCUCCUUGGCACCAUCACAGAGGCCAGGCAGGGAGCACUGAGGGAUCUCCGUGGCCUGGUCAGGGCAGAGCCUGGAAAUGUGCAUUUUGCAGAAACUCUUGAGGGUCACUGUAAGACUAUGUAGCAGGCCUACCAGGUCCUUUUCAUCCUGAGAGGGAUGUGUCCCUCGUUUUCUGCAGCAGCCACCUCUCUGGCCUAGGGUGGCCAUCCCUGCUCCUUGCAAGUGCCCCUCAUCUCCCCUGGGCCCACCAUGGACUCCCAGCACCUGUGACUCCCCCAGGUCCUGGAGCAGUCCUGGAACCAGUGGCUCAUUCUUACAGAAGCCCUACUCAGUCAUGAAUCUGCAGAAUUCCAGUAGGAGCUUCCCUUGGGGCUCAUAGAGAUGUGCAGCAGGAGACCUUGCUGAGCUACAUUUUGACUUCAGCCAAGUCUCUCCGGCCCCCCACCCCACAGACCCCAGCCCCAUGUGGGGAUCUCUGCAGUACCCUGCAGGGCAGUUGUCCGGUAGGCAGGUUGCUUGGCUGCCCUUGUAGUUCACCCUAAGCUUCUGCAGUUUCUUCUGCCUCCUUCCUGUCUGGCACUGGGGAGCUGGAUUGAGCCACAGAGCUUUGGUUCCCCCAGGCUGACAUGCAGCUUGGCUGGCCGAGUCCUGUUUACACACAUUGAUGCAAAUGCUGGUCCCACAGGCUUAGAGACAUCUCCCUCCAAGACUAAUGAGCACUAUUUCUGCUGCAGAUUUCUGCAGGUGACAUUAGCUAAGUGUACUAUGCCCCACCCCGGGAGGCAGGCAACUUGCGUGACACUCAGUUCUUUCUGGGCCUCCAGGAUGCUGUGACCUGUCUUAAGGAACAUCUCAUUUUUCUAAAGAUGAAUUCUUAGAUGAUGUGUGACCUGAGUUGAUUUGUGCCAAGAUCUGCUUCUGUUUCCUAUGUCACAGAGAUUACCCACUUCCAGACACUUCACAGGGAACUAGGGAACCCACUGUGCCAGAGAAAUGGCUUUCUGGUGCCUGGACCAUGGCAGAACUUUCUCAGUGACAACACAGAGAGUCUUACUUCUUUUCCUACCUAUGUUAUAAAGGUAAACUUCUCUGCAGACACACACACACACACACACACACACACACACACACACAAAAUGCAAACACAUUCAUGUGUGCGCGCAAAAUGCAACUGAAAUCUGGCAGCCUGGGAGUGGCCCUUCUACAAAAUGCUUCCCAAGUCACCAUCCUCUAAGCCUGUUCCAUUCUGCAGCGGUCCCAAGCCCCUGAAGACUCCUGACCCCCAAGUGGCAUGCAGCUCCUCUGCCCACUGGGACCUGGUCAGCACAGAACUCGAUGACUUCCCUUUCUAGGACAGACUGGGAGAACAUCCAGGAAUCAGGCCCUGCCCCUAGGUCAUUUUCAUGCUGUACAGUGAUAUACAGUUGGUGAGAUGUCAUAAUGGACCAGUCCAUGUGAUUUCAGUAUAUACAACACCACCAGACAGCCCCCCCCAUCAAUAUAACACCCCACCCUGUUUGCUUCCUGUAUGGUGAUAUCAUAUGUAACAUUUGCUCCUGUUUCUGCUGACUUCUGAAAUGUUUGGGUUUGUUUUGACAUCCGCUGUGAUCAUUCCUGUGCUGUGAUUUUUAUUACCCUGGGUAGGUGUUAGACUUGCACUUUUGAGACACAGUUACUGCAUCACGGAAGCAUCUGACCCAGAGUGGAAGGCAUGGCAUGGUAGCUGGCCCGUGACAGUGGAUCCCUUCAAAUCUUUUCUUUAGUUCCUUGAGCAUCUUUGCUUUUUCUGCCUCCCAUCUUUUGUUCUUGAGUUCAGAUUAUUACUAAGGAGAGGGCCUCUGAGUAGGCUGGUUCUAAGAUAUGGCCUUUAUAUUCGAUCCACGCACACUGGUUUUCUAACCAUGCUGAGCAGCAGAAGAAAACAAGGCAGAUCAAAAGGAAGUGCCCGUGGCAGCCGAGAGAUGGAGCCACUCAAAUCCCUUCACAGUAAAUAACUGCAAUAGAUACAUAGUUUAAGAAGGCUCUCCCUUUGGCCUUGUUUAAUUUAUGUUAUAUUCUAAGCACCGCUCUCUUCUCCCUCUAUUCUCAUCAUGCAAGCAAGUCAAAAUAUUUAAAAUGAAGUUUACAUUGUAGUUGUUUUAAAAAUCUUUGCUUGAUAAGUAUUAAGAAAUAUUGGACUUUUCUGCCAUAAUUUAAAGCUUUGUUGAUUUUGUUUUUGUUUGGAUUUCUUUUUGUUGUUGUGGGGGUAGCAAUGUGUUCAUGCUGGAAUAUGAAGUCUGAGACCCCCCUGUGCUGGGAACACAUGAGAUUGUUGAAAAUCAACAAGCAGACUGCGCAUGUCUCUGAUGCUUUGUAUCAUUUUUGAGUGAUUGCUCCGUCAGUGGACAAUAAACAAUAUUAUCAAAGAGAA